GCCUGCUUCCUACGUACACUUGUCAGACCGUUAGCCUCCUAGUGACGCUCUCCUGUUUCGCUGUCCUCUCGCCCAUACGCAUCUCCGUACACUUACCCAUACACGCAUCCGCACCCGCACGACCUCCCGCCUAACAUCCGAACGUCCGAGACGCUUCGUUGCGAGAACAAAAGAAGAAAAAAGAGCUGCUGCUAGUACGAGUACGACCGACGAGGCCCAGUAACGAACACCUUUGCCUCUAGAUCCCACCACGCCAUCGCAUCCGCAUUAUCGACCGCCCACGCCGUCCCCAUUAGUCUGUCCGUCCUUGCCGCCCUCGGCUUCUGUUUUACCUCGACGACAACCCCUUGUCUAGUAUCAGCAGUCCAAGACUAGCCACACUUCUUCCACUCAACAUGUCGCUCAAGGAAGAGUUUGCGACGAGGAACUUCAGUAUCUAUGGACAAUGGCUCGGCAUCCUGUCCAUGAUCCUGUGCUUUGCGCUGGGCAUCGCCAACCUCUUUAACCUCUUUCAUUUCCUUCUCAUCAUCUUUGCCAUCUUCGCCCUCGUGUCCUUCUUCAUCAUCCUCUUCAUCGAGGUUCCCCUCCUGCUCCGAAUCUGCCCUACCUCGGCCGCGUUCGAUGCCGCCAUCCGCAAGGUCUCGACCAACUACAUGCGUGCCGCUACCUACGGCGUCAUGGCCAUCAUCCAAUGGGUCAGCCUCGCCGUCACCGCCAGUAGCCUGAUCGCCGCCGCCGUCGUCCUCACCAUCACCGCCCUCUGCUAUGCCCUUGCUGGUAUCAAGGGCCAGGCCUUCGUCGGCAGCAAGACCCUAGGCGGCGCCGGCGUGGCCCAGAUGAUCGUAUGAUCUAGCUAGCGGCUGGCGGUACGGCGGGGCGAGCCGACCACCUCGAGUUCAGGGACGGCCGUACACGAAUUGGCCUCGCUUCCCACGGAGAGGGGUGAGAGGAGAGGAUAAUGUGUGAUUGACGAGUCUCCGAAUCUGUGCGCACGACGAGGAAAGAAGAAGGUGGAGAG